GUAUUUCUUUCAUUGUUUUGCAGAUCUGAAAAACUUUCCUUAUCCUACUGUCCGGUUGGGUGUCAAAGAGAGACGUAAGCAAAUCUUGAGCUAUCCCGAGGAGGCUCGUGAUUGGCGGGUUAUCUUGUCUGACGAUAAUUUGAGGCAAAGUUCGCUGUGGAGGGGCACUUCCUUUACUUCAGAAGGUACGGUCUCCUUGUCGACUCGCCCUCCGCCUCGUAUGGUCUUUUUGUCUACGUCUUUGGAAACUUUAUACGGACGACAAGGCUCUCAGAUCAUACCUGAACUGACGGUAAAGGAACGGGCUUUUGCAGAACGUGUCAUGUCGAAGUCUUAUCGGUUUGAGAUGAAGGGGCCCGAUGCUGCGUUGGAGAAGAUGCGUGCGGGAAGGAAGAAAAAAAAGGUGACCGAGGUAUCUAGUGAUCUCGAGGUCAGCGAGACAGUCAUUCCGGUCCGCUCUUCGCCUGUUAUUCCGGUCUCUACUUCGCCGGUUCGAAAGGGCAAGGAAAGAAGGCGCGACGACGUUGAUGAUGCUGAUUGGGCUGGUGACUCUAUUCGUCUUACCUUUCCAUUUGAUGCUUCUGCAUAUGCGGAUGUCCGCCCGUUCCGCAAGGAGUUGGGCAAGUUACUUUGGCCGGAGGACCGCAAUGCCUUGGUUGGAUUGAAGUCUGGUGCCCCUGAUGCCACUGUCGACCAUAUCUUUCUGGGUUUGCAGGGCGUGCUUCAUUUGUCGGAGAGGAUCCGAGAGCUGGAGAAGAGUGUGAAGAAACUUCGAACUGAGCGGGUUGAUUUGGACGACAUAUUGAAGGGUCGUGAUGAGGAGAUUGCACGUUUGAAGGUAGAGCUGCAAACUCAACUUGAUGUUGAGCGCCUAGCAGGUGAUCGGGCGAAGACUUUGGAGGAGCAGCUUGAGGCCGUUAACUCUACGGUUUCAUUUUUGACGGAGAAGCUUGAGUUUGUCGGUACUGAGGGGGAGGUCCAGGCUAGGGCCCAAAUGGCUCAAGAUUACUUGGACGGUCGGGCUGGGACUUGGAACACGGCCAAGAUGUUUGAGGCUUAUGCCGAGCUGAUGGAGAGGAGAGCUGAGGAGGCUGCCGAGGUUGCGGAUCUUGCUGCUUCGCUUGGAGGUUUGGGUACUGGUGGCCCCUCUGCUGAUUGA